CUCUCAACCCAACACACUCUUUACCCUCACUCUUUAACUUAAUAUACCAACAUCCUUACCCACAGUCUUUACCCACAGUCUUUACCAUCCUUUGACAGGAACAAUCACAAUGUUCACUCAUUUCAAACCCAUCACCCUGGCGGUCUCCCUCCUCACAGCCCUAACAACAGCCUACUGCAUCCCCAUCAACUCCGGCAGCACCAUCCACACCAAAACUUUCCCCUCCCCCAGCAGCACCGUCUACCCCAGCACCGUCCCCACCACCAGCGGCACUGUCCGCCCCAGCUCUGUCCCCACCACCAGUAGCUCUGUCCCCUACGGCGUCAUGAUCCAGCAGUGCACCCAGCCGGGCGUCAUCGCCCUCACCUUCGACGACGGGCCCUUCACCUACACGCCCGCGCUGCUCGACAUGCUCGCCGAGUUCGGCGCCCACGCUACCUUCUUCGUUAACGGAGAGGGUACGAACUUUAAGUAUGCGGACUACGCGGCGGUCAUGGCGCGCAUCGUGGAUGAGGGACAUCAGAUUGGUUCUCAUACCUUCUCCCACGCCCACCUCACCUGGAUCUCCCCCGACGCCGUAACCGAAGAAAUGACUACCCUCGAGUCCACCUUCCAGACCAACAUCGGCCGCAUCCCAACCUACAUGCGCCCGCCCUUCCUCGAAGUCGACGACAGCGUGCUCUCCACCCUGACCGACCUGGGCUACCACGUUAUCGGCACGGACCUCGACACCAAGGACUACGCGAACAACAACCCGAGCAGUAUACACAACAGCGUUGAGCAUUUCCGCCAGGGUCUGGACGCGGGGGGGUCGAUUGUGCUGGCGCAUGAUGUGCAUGAGCAGACGGUUGAGGUGUUGGCGAGGGAGAUGUUGACGAUGGUUCAGGAGAGGGGGUUGACUGCUGUCCCUGUUGGCGAGUGCCUGGGUGAUCCGGAGGGGUCGUGGUAUAAAUAGAUGCGGGAUAGAUGUGUUGCUUGGGUUCGUGGGCAGGUGAGGUACCUU